AACAAAACAAAAAAAACGACAUACAGAACCCACAAGAAAACUUUCCUCAACACUCUUUGCUGGCUUCACCACUCAAACUUUUCUUUUCUUUCUCUCUCUUUCUCGAACACUUUCUCUAUUGAUCCCAUUCUCUCUUACAACCCCACAUUUUCUUUGCUCUUUAUUCUUCAGUUUCUUUCAAAACUUUCAUCUUUUCUCUCUUCACUGCAUUCCCGCCGCCGGAAAGAUCCAAUCUUUUCUUACUUUCCCGGCGAAACAAAUGCGACCCACUUUCUAGAACCUUGCCUUGUGCCGGAAAGUUCACUCCUUUCUUACUUUUCCGGCGACCCGUUAACCUCUACGCUCCGCAACAAUGUCAAUCUUCGACGGGGCUUUCAUGAACACGCAACUCUCCAAACGCACUUGGAUCUUCGGUCUCCGUCUCUGGGUCGUGAUCGGAAUUCUCAUCGGCGUUUUCAUCGUCUUCACUCUCUUCCUCAUCUCGCUCUGCCUCGUCUCCCGCCGGAGCCGCCGCCGCCGGAGCUCCGGCGGGUACAAGGUCGCCGGAGCCCUCGACGCGUCGAAGGAAAUCCACACGAUCGUGCACCUUCCUGGCGCGCACAUGCUCCGACCGCCGGCGCCGGCGAAGGUGCCGGAGAUCCACGUGGAGAUGGGGAAGGCGGAGCACCGGGUGGUGGUGCAGUGUGAUAGGGUUUCGAGUGAAGAGAGCAAGGGAACGGUGGGGAGUGGGUAUGAAACGACGUCGUCGUUUGGAAGUGGGAGUGUUGGUGGGCUUGGGCUUGGGCUUGGGCCUGGGUCUGGGCCCGAGGUUUCGCAUCUUGGGUGGGGGAGGUGGUACACUCUGAGGGAGCUUGAGGAUGCCACUGGAGGGUUGUGUCCUGAAAAUGUUGUUGGUGAAGGUGGCUAUGGCAUUGUGUAUCAUGGGGUCCUCACUGAUGGUACCAAAAUUGCUGUCAAGAACCUCUUGAAUAACAAGGGCCAAGCUGAGAAAGAAUUUAAGGUAGAGGUUGAAGCAAUUGGUCGAGUGCGACACAAAAAUCUGGUUAGGUUGCUUGGUUACUGUGUUGAGGGAGCCUACAGAAUGCUUGUGUAUGAAUACGUAGACAAUGGCAAUCUAGAACAAUGGCUGCAUGGGGAUGUUGGAGCUGUAAGCCCUUUGACAUGGAAUAUACGCAUGAAUGUUAUAUUGGGAACUGCAAGAGGAUUGGCCUAUCUUCAUGAGGGUCUUGAACCGAAAGUUGUCCACCGAGAUGUUAAAUCAAGCAACAUUCUCCUUGAUCGCCAAUGGAACUCCAAGGUUUCUGAUUUUGGGCUUGCUAAGCUUUUGUGUUCUGAGAAUAGUUAUGUCACAACUCGAGUGAUGGGGACAUUUGGUUAUGUUGCACCAGAAUAUGCCUGCACUGGAAUGCUUACUGAGAAGAGUGAUAUCUAUAGCUUUGGGAUACUUAUUAUGGAGAUAAUUACCGGAAGAAGUCCUGUUGAUUAUAGUAGACCACAAGGAGAGGUCAAUUUAAUAGAUUGGUUGAAGACUAUGGUUGGGAAUCGAAAAUCCGAGGAAGUAGUUGAUCCUAAGCUUCCUGAGAUGCCAUCUUCAAAGGCUCUAAAACGUGCACUGUUGAUCGCUCUAAGGUGUGUCGAUCCCGAUGCAACAAAGAGGCCAAAAAUGGGACAUGUGAUCCACAUGCUUGAGGCAGACGACCUGCUAUUCCACAAUGAACACAGAACUGAGGGAGAGUCUUCCCGUUCUCAUCGAGAUUAUCAACUUGAGCAUAAGGACUCCAAGUUAGAUAAGAGAACGGAUGGAGGUGUCAUUGAUCAAAGUGAAGAUGCUAGUAGUAGAAAUCAUCAUCAGCCCACUAGAUGGAGAUGAUAACAGGCUGAUAAUUAAAUUAUUUUUUGGUCUCUAUUAGUUUGCCAAUUCUUAGUAUGUCUAGCUUAAUUUAAAAAAAUGAAAGCAGUAUCCUUUUUUCUUUUAUUUAUUAUAUAGUCUUCCACUGUUGUAGCCAACCCCAAUUUGGGAUUCAUAUUCAAGUGUAUACUCUGAUUCGUUAUUAUAAAAAUAAAAAUAUUUAUGACUACCUGUUCACAGGACAAUGUUAGAUAAGCAUUUAAGAUAA